CAGGCGCUACUGACCAGCGGGCGAUAAGACAAAAAAUUUCAAUGAAAUUGAAAAUAUAUAUAAACUUGAUAAAUGUUGAUGAGCUGAGUGUUUAAAUAUAGUUACUUGUGGCUAGUACAAAAAGUCAGCAACAUAAAAUUAAACGAAAAAUAAGCGUCAAACGUAAAAGUCAGCUGAAGUGCAGUGAUAAUCCAAGUAUUUGUCUGAGCAGAGCAGUCAGCGUAAUUGGCUGUAGUUUAAAGCAAGAGUGUAGAUACAAAAGCGAACAGUCAGCAUUGAACGGUGCACAGCUGCAGGUGGAGGAUGCUGAGCGCAUAGCUGACUUAUUGGCUAUAUGAUUUAAUACAAACGUGACGCUACUACCAUAUGCGAACGCAAACGUGAGGAAGUGAUAAGAAUUUAAAAAAAUUUAAAUAAAAAAAUAAAAAUUAUUUUAUUUAAAAAAUUAAAAAAAAAAAUAAAACACAUUUUUAUUGAAAAUAAACACAAGUGUAUAUAAGGCUGCUAAAAGUGACGUGAAAACUCAGCCAAAAAAUUGCAUAAUUUAUAUAUAAAAUAUCAUAUUUUUUCAAAAUAUAUGAAUAACAACAACUAAGAAGCUUCCCUGACCACACUUCCACUAAAGCACCGCAAUACAAUAUGACCGAAGUAAUUGAGCUGAACGUUGGUGGCGUACACUACACCACCGUGCGGGACACACUGCUGCAGGAGAAAUCCUCACAGCUGCACGAACUCUUCAGCAACACCGACGCACUGGUGAAGGACAACAAAGGACGCUACUUUCUCGAUCGCGAUGGUGUACUCUUCCGCUACAUACUGGAUUAUUUGCGCGAUAAGCAGCUCAGCCUGCCGGAGGGCUUCCGCGAGAAGCAACGCCUACAACGCGAAGCGGAACACUUCAAAUUGACCGGCAUGUUGGAGUGCCUACGCAACGCCAGCGAUAUGCGUGCCCCCGGCUGCAUCACUAUCGGCUAUCGCGGCAGCUUUCAGUUCGGCAAGGACGGGCUGGCCGAUGUGAAGUUUCGCAAACUCUCACGUAUACUGGUUUGUGGGCGUGUGGCGUUGUGUCGCGAAAUUUUCGGUGAUACAUUGAAUGAGUCACGCGAUCCCGAUCAUGGUGGACCGGAUCGUUACACAUCACGCUUCUUCCUCAAGCAUUGUUUCAUCGAGCAGGCUUUCGAUAUGCUACACGAGCGUGGCUUCCGCAUGGCUGGCAGUUGUGGUUCUGGUACGGCGGGCUCGGUGGCGGAACCCAAACCGGGUGUGGACACAGAAGAGAAUCGAUGGAACCACUAUAAUGAAUUCGUUUUUGUGCGCGAAUAAGCAGUUGAUGGUAGCCAAACAGCAGUUGUUGUUGUUGUUGUGGCGGUUGAGUAACAGUCGUCGAUUUUAAGUACGCAGUUUUUUAGAUUGUAAGUAGACGCGUUGUUGUUCGCUUGUGAUGUUGCAUAUGUAUAUAAGAGACUUGUUGAAGCGCGGAGACAAAGCAAGUGAAGAAAGUAGUGUGAAAGCAGCCCUUCAUACAAAAAAAAAAAAAAA